CGAGUGACAUUUGUCAACAAACGGUAAUCAUUUUGCCGGGAGAAGAGAGAACAACGCAACGGUUAAAUAGUGACUGACGAUACGGCUAAAAAGAAAGAACAUUUUCAGGCAACGGUGUUAACGUUCAACAAAGUUGAGAAUAUUACAGAUGACCACCAGGCGUCUGUAAUUAUCUUGAAAGUUCAUCAAUCUACUUCCAUGCUGCCAUAUCAACUCUGUUUGUGAACAAGAAUAGUCAUCACCUCAGUGUAUUUUCUGGAAAACAUUUGACUGUAUCAUCUUAAAGUACUAUUUUGAGAUAUUUCAAUAGCUGAAACACUUCAAUAAUUUGUGAAGAUGUUUAGUGGACUUAGCGAGUAUCUGUUUGGUAGCUCCAGUAAUCAAGCUGGUGAUGCUGCCAUGGCAACGGAUGAUACCAAGCCCGCUGAUCCCAUCAAGGAGGUUGAGAUGGAUGAUGACUGGGUGCUGGUUGAUGUUACCAAUGAUUCUGGUGCCUCAAGUCCUCGGAGAUCUCCAAGGAGAUCCCCAACCAAAGAUGGCUGCCAAUCUCAACCUAAAGCAGUUCCAGAGAAACAUCAACGAAUGGAAGAAAGCUGGUUUAUUACUCCACCUCCAUGUUUUACUGCAGGGGGUCAUUCUCCCCAUCAACUAGCCACUAGUCCCUUAGAAGAUCUACUAAUAGAACAUCCAAGUAUGUCUGUUUAUCAUCAUUCUAGUCAACGAGGAGGGCCAAUGGCUCAUCGAAGGCAGCAUCAUCCUAGGCAAAAACCCAACAGGACUGUAGCUAAACGUACCCACAACCUCCGGGUGCGCAAUGCCAAGCCACCCCGCAGAGCUGCAGCUAUUGCAGCUCGUGUGGGAAUCGAACAGUCGUCCCACCAAGUUGGGUUAGAGGAGCAAAGAGAAGCCAAGAGGCACCAGCAACGUCAGAACAGUCCCGGCAAAAUAGAACGACACAACAAGGUGUAUCAUCAUCAAAGUGCCUCGUCCCGAAGGCACUAUAAGCAUAAUUCUUCCAUAAGUGGACGACACUCCGGUGCCAUCUAUAAGCAACCACGUUAAUGAUGAGUUAUAUGGGUUCCAGAGCACUAACAUAUAUUAGAUAGUAAUAUUCACCGUUACCAUUUUAUUCACUAAAAUAUUUUUUGUGUUAUUUAUUUUACAAGUAUAGAUAUUCAUGAAAUUAUAUUAGUAUUAUUUGUAUAUGGAAAGUGAUUUUGUUAUUAGAAACAUUCUUAUGAUAACGUAAUUAUUGGCUAAUAAAAUAAAUCACAAAAUAUAAUUAUUAAAAAGAAAGAAAAAUACAUUAAAAGAAAAUAAAAAUGUUUAGUUUCGCACAAGUGUGAUUUGUGUAUAGUUUGACUACCCUUUGUGAAUAUACCUUCGUGCAUUGUGAAAGGCUUUAUCAUUUUGUAUGCGAAUAUGUGUUAAUAACUUUGGUUUUUCAGGUUUUAACUGUUUCUGAAUGAAUGCCAAUAUAAUUUUUAAACCAUACAGGAAGAAGAGCCUACAAUACACACUUUAAAGCCAUCAAUUGUAAGAAUCAAAGCAAUAUGUUGAUUGGUAUCACCAUACAAAUUAUGUAAUACACAGUAUUAAAAGUUUGAACAGGGAAGUCACAAGUCUUUCUUUAAUAACUCAUUAAGAGUCGAUCUCUCUAAGGCAUUGUUAUAAAAGCCAAAUAUUGUACAGCUGCUACAAGAAUGUCACACUAUUUUUUCAAAGCCAAAUAUGAAAUAUAUUUGAUAUAUAUGUAGUGUACUGUAAAUUGUCUGUUAAUGUAGUUGGAAUAGCUAGUUUGAAUUCAUAGCUUUGCCUCCUUGUUCAUUGAUGUUUUUCUGUUUGUGUAUAUUUAUUUGCCUUUUAGUUUGGUAGACCAUAUGGAAUCGAUUGUGAGAAGCAGAAGUUAUUAAUAUUUUAAGAUUUUUUGUGAGGUGGGAUUAUAUUCUUUUUUCUGUAUACCUUUUCAUCCAAAAUCUUUUGGGAUCAGGGUAGAAAUAGGUCAUCAAAGAUAGUAAUCUUCAAAAUGGUUUACUUUCGCAUGACUGACUGAUGACAUUUCAUAUUUUUCUAUUAUUACAUGCUUUGCUGCUAUUGUGAAUACUCAUUUACUUUACCAAGAGGAAUAUGCAAAUGAAUCAAUAAAAAUCAAAAUAUAUAUUUUUUUCGUCAGUUGACAACAAAUUUGUGUUUGGUGUGGUAACCUAUUUCUUGUGCAGAAUAAAAUGCAAGAACAGCUUUCUACAAAGUUAUUUCAUGCAGGCAUGUAACAAUGUCUGUAUGGCAGGAAUGGUGAAUUAAUAAUGAAAAGAAUUAUAACCUAACCUCUCAAAAAAUAAUAACUGGGUUUGAACUGCUUUUAAUGGUCAGAUUGUUGAACAAAUAACAAUAAUACUGACUUCUUGUAAAGCACAUAUCAUAACAUCUCUAUGUGCUUUCGAAGGACUUGGAUAAUAUUGCCCCUACUUUAGCUGUCUUGAACACUUUGUCUUGACAGUUUAUUGGAUUUCUGUUUUUUCUCUUGCAUUAUCAGUAAGAAAAAUCUAAUAGCAGUUGAAAAUGGUGUUAAAGUUUGUUUUACUUCUAGUACAUAAUUAUCCUAUGCAUUGUGUAAUGUAAGCAAGGUGCAUACAUAUGUUUCAGCACCAUCAUAAUGCAAGGAUAUCCUUUUCUCUAUUUAUUCAAGUUGUAUGUUGUUGCAUAACUAUACUUCUGUAUUCUAUGUGUAUGUAGAUUGACAAUUACAUAUAUCAGCUGCUGUUCGUGUGUGUUGUGCUAAUGUUGAAGUGAUUGAAACAAUGAGCUGGAAAAUGAAGCCUUUUUUAUGCAUGACAUUACACUGAAACAAGGAGCAUAAUACUUUCAUUGUUGGACUUUGCAUAGAUAACUACUAAGUAAUUUUCCUCUAAACAACAGUAGGACCUUUGACAUGUUGCAUAUGUGUGAAGGAAACUCAGGAGAAUGACCUCAAUCGAUAUAAUAGAGGAAUUUGAAUACUUUGGGGAAUUAAAAAACAACAUAUGUUUCAUGUAACAGACCUCAAGUGAAAGAAAGUGUGAAAUUUGUGUAACACAUGACCCUAUAAUGUACAGACCUGCCAACCAGUACGUUUUUGCCGUAUUUAGUACGUUUUUGCAACCAAAAUACGGCAGUACGUUGUUUUUUCUUUAAAAAAUAAGUUUUUACAAAAUCGUAAUUUAUUGAGAAAAAUCAUCUCUAAUAUGUCUCUAUUUCAUAAAACUUACACAAAUAUGGUUAUUAGAUCAAUGUAAUUUCAGGUAACUUGUUUUUUUUCAAUCAUUUUGUUAAAACCAGGGUGAGAUAUACACAUGUUUCAAUGUUUUUUUCAUCUGCAAGAGCAGUGCGCAUUUUAGCUUUCAUGCAGCUUGAGCGCCGCGAUGAGCGAGUGCACCACGUAUUUUAUUAUGAAAUACACUUUUUUUGGGGGAAAAAUACUUUUUUUUAAUCACAGAAUACAAUUUUUAAUUCCCAAAGGUUGGCAGGUCUACAUGUAUGAGAUGAUAAGCACAAUGGUACCUAACAGGCCUAACUGUAAAGUCUGCAAUUUAGUUUUAAAUCAUUACUGUUAGCUUCUACUUGGGGGCAAGAAAUUUUGAAAGGUGUAAUGUGUAAUGUUACACAUUUUUAUUGUAUAAAAAACUUCAAUAAUAGAACAUUCAUGGAAAGGGCCACCUGAUAGAAAGCUUUCUUUGUACAUCCAUUGGAAACUUUUGUAGGCUGAAGUCAGUCUCUUUCACCUAUGUAUUUGUACAUUCUGACUUAAUUUAAACAGGAAUUUAAAUUUAUGCGGUCUAACUACAGUUAAAUGGGUUCCAGUAAGCCAAAAAUGUCAAACUUUGUUUUUGCUGUAUGUUCUUAAUUUCAAUAUAUUGUGCUUUGAUGGUAUGGAAAACUACUGCACUGGAACCAAUAUUAGACAGUAAUCAAUUAAAAUAAUGCCCACAUCCCUGUCAAAUUAAAGAGAUUUGUGACUUCAUGUCACAUAUGGCAAAUAUGGAAAACUGAAAAUUAAGACCAUUGUUUAAACCAUGGUUCUUUUUUUAUAUGCUUACCCUUGAAAUUCCCCCCCCCCCUUGGUUUUUUUUUACUGAUGUUCUUGGGUUAUUUUUUAGAACAAAAUGUCUUGCCCUCCUGUACCGGCCACACAGAAAAUUUAGCACUGACAAUGCACCAACAGAUGCCCCUGUUGCAACCGUAAAUGUAGCAGCAAGUGAUGUCUAAUUUAUAUUAGACAUCACUCGCUGCAACAACAAUGUGUUAUUUAUAUCUGGGAACAACGUUUGACAUCACAAUCUAAAAGAUGGUACUGGGCCUACUGUUUGCGUUCUGUUAGCGCUAACAACAUUUCAGUGUAGCCGGUACUGAGGGCUGUUAGAAUAUAUUAAACAUUAGCAAUUCAAUCCUCCAAAAGUUUCUUUUUAGCUUUAUCAACUAAAUGACUUUACAACAUGUAAAUCAGAGCUUGCACUAGGUAACAUACAUUUUUACUACUUUUACAUGUAUGUUUAAAUAUUAUAUUCAUAGUUUUUAUACCAUCAUUUGUAAUAGUUUUAGUAUUAGUCAAGCUAUUGCAGAAUUCUUUAAACUAAAUUCCCUUAUACCAUUCAAACCAAACAGAGAAUCAACAACAACAAAUAAUAUAUAGGCCGGUUUUUAUUGAACUAUUUCAGUACAUUAUUACAAUUAUAUUGCAUGUGCUAUACAUACAUUUUUCGGGUGGUCUUAAACUUUUGCAAGUGAUGGUAUAAUUUUUGGUGAAAGAUGGUCUAUUUUCAUCUGUAGUUCAUGGAAUGUGAAUGACUUAUUUCAGUAUUACCAGUAUCAAAGUUUCAUUAGAUUCAGACAUCUUGAUGACUCGAUGCAUUUUUCCCCAUGUCAAGGGAACAAGCUGCACACAUGCCUUGUAGUGUGAAACUCACUUUGACAAAGGUGCUAAUUCAAAAUCAGGACUUUCAUGGUCUUUCUACAUUUUCAAAUUUGUCACUCAUGAUAUUGUACAGCUUCUGGAAAAAAAAAACAUACUCAAGAUAUUAAGAUAGAUUAAGAGAUUAGCAAAUUAUGAUAAUGUAAGAAUCCUUAUGCAUUUUCACUUCAUCCAAUUCAACUGCCUUUGAAGAAGAAAAUAUUUAGAUUACCUUAAAAUUAUUAAACGUGCUGUAAAUGAUAUUUGUAUUGACUGAAUGUAAUUUUAACCUCUCUUUGGCAUUAUUGUUGCCUUUUUGUUGAUUUGAAUUAGGAAAUCACAUGUGCUGUAUAAACUUGCCUCAGAUUAUUAACCAAAUGACUCCAGUUAAAAAUGAUUUUAAUCAGUUUUAUCUUGCAUUGGUAAUCAUUAAUUCACAAGUAUUUCAUUUUAUCACCCAAUCAUUUCUUAAACCUGUGUAUGUUCUUAAAAUUCAAUCAUUUGACAUCACUCGCCAUCAUUUAAGGUGAGCAAACUUCUAUGACCACAAUUGCUUUUACAUAUGUAGUAAAAGCUGUUGUAUCUGUAUAAGAUAUGCAGGGUAUAACACAUGUAUGGUGUGUUGAAUUGUUGAGUUUAGACUAGAAAAGAAUAACUUUGUGGAAUUGUUUUUUCUGAGGGAUGUUUUGACAUGUUUGACAUAGUAUGCAUAUAAACGGAUGAUCAGUUUAGUUUGUGAUUUAUGGUUGAAAUUUACAUAUUACUCAUAGAAAUAGAGGUUUAAAAAGGUGAAAUAUUUUAAAGUGCAUUUUCUUCAAAUCAUCAUUGAGUUUUCUUCAAGUCAUCAUUGAUCUGUCAUACACAAACAGGCCUAUAUAAAAAGUCUAGAAAUGGCAAUUUUUCAUAUGUAUUUCAUCACUUGCCAUAAUAACAAGUCUGAAACCUUCUUCCACAAAAUUGACUCUGAAAAUGUAUUUUGUGCAUGUUAGGUUUGUGUAUUGUGAUUUCUUUUUUAGAAUCUAUCUAUGUAGAUAUAUGCUAAUAUAUAUGUAAAGUUUAGUUAGUUAACAGAUUUAAUAUAUUGUGUACAUGGUAUAACUUUCUAGCUAUUGGACUGAAAGAAAUAAAGUUUGAAGGGAUAUUCAA